AUUCGCAACCCCCGCCCCAUUCACAAAGCCCGCCCCAUUCACAACCCUCACCCCCGCCACGUCCCGCUCGGCCGCCGGUUCCCGCCCCGGCGGCGCGGCCAUGGCUUUCACGCUGUACUCGCUGCUCCAGGCCUCGCUCCUCAUCGUCAACGCCAUGGCGGUGCUGCACGAAGAGCGCUUCCUGCGGCACGUUGGCUGGGGGAGCGAUCAAGGGAUUGGAGGAUUCGGAGAGGAACCAGGAAUUAAAGCACAGCUAAUGAACCUUAUUCGAUCUGUACGAACUGUUAUGAGAGUGCCAUUAAUAGCAUUAAACUCGGUUACGAUCGUUCUCCUCCUUUUGUUUGGUUGAAAAUACCUGUUGCGGAAUCUUUUUGGACACCCAAAGAAGCCAGUUGCUGAUCAUCACCGCUCCGGAUUCUCUGGAAUCCAGCACGGUUUAGCUGUCAAUUUGACAUUCAACUUAAAAAUAAUAAAGACACUAUUUCUAUUUAUCCUAUUUCCUAAUGUUCACUUGCAGUUUCAUUAAACAAGAUAAUGGGAUCAAUGCAACAACGCUGCAAAUAUACUGGACUACGACCAGUUCUGUUGCUGCCUGUUAAAUAGUGUCGACUGUUAAAUAUAUGUCGUUAAGAUAUUGCGCUGAUUGUCGAUAGGAUGUGUUUUUUUCAAAUGUCUCAUUACUCAGGGAUGAAUUUCCUUCAGUCCACUUCCCGAAUUAUUAUUAAAUGAAGAAAAAACAAGUGGUUUUUGUUUCAGUUACUACCAGAGUACUACAUAAAGAAUACAGAUCAGGUGUUGAAGAUGUUAUAAAUUAUUGAAGUACAGUUGUGAUAUUGAGGGGGAUAAAACUAGAUGGGUAAAGUCUUAAUUCAGUUCACAUUGCAAGGUGAAUUUUCCCAGUUUGAGAACAGGAUUUUUCUCUUGCGUGUUUAAUAAGACUCUUCAAAUCAAGAAUGUUCCAUGCUGAUGGUUAAGUAAGUUGAAAAUAGGUGCAAUUGCUAUGCAAAAAUCUAAAAAAGCUGUACGUAAAGCUGGGCAACACUGUUGUUAAUUUAGACUAGCAGGCAAUAUUAGUGAUACAGCAUUUGUUACUGUUCUGUCGAGAAUUAUUAUAGUUUUUAAAAUGUGUGUUAAAUUUCCACGUGGUGAUUAGUGUGUUGAAAGUGGGGAAUCAUUUGUAGUCGGAGCUUCUUGAGAAACAUGGGAGGGGGGUAAUGUGCCCUUUCCAAAUGCAAUUCUUUGUCAAAAAACAGUGAGUUUUCAGCCUCUUCUAUUAGUGCUUCUUCCCCCUGCCUUCCAUCUUCCUUUGCUAAAUGAACAAUUUGCUGAAAUGGAAACUGUGAGUGUGAUCUUGCAGUUCUGUCACAGAGAUUAUUGCUAACUGCAAUCUUAUCUCAAUUAGGACUGCUGGGUUAGGUCCAAUGUCUUCUAACAAGUCUGAGCUAAAGAAAUCUGAUUCUCAUGUACUGUUUUAGAAAAGCUAGGAGUCUUCUGUCUGUUCCUCUGCUAAAGUGUUAUAGCUUAUUUUUAAAGUGGGGAUAGCCACAGGAAACGUGGCAGUUUCAUUAAUUUAAAAGUUUAUCAUCCCUUCUUCUGGCGCCUUGAUGACUAAAGCAUGCACGGUUGUAUACAAAGAUAAAUCUGUAAAAUGUGUAAAUGAAUCUAACGCUCUUCAGUUGCGGUGUUUUGCAGAGUAGAGUUUAUCCACGAGGAGAGUUUGCUGGUGUUUUCUUUUUUUUUUAGUGAAAACUUGUAAAUAAAUUUUUAAUUUCUAAGUUAAA